AUUUCUACUCAACACUAGAGACUUCCUCUUCUUCAUUCCAACGACUCAUCAUCUAUUGAUCCCGGAGAUCUUCGAUACUGAGAAGCCCUCCGUCUUCUCCCGAUCUCACCAAUGCCGAUCGAUAAGAUCUUCAAAGAUGAUGCUAAUGAAGAGAAAGGAGAACGUGCGAGGAUGGCAUCGUUUAUUGGAGCGAUGGCUGUUGCUGAUCUUGUUAAGUCUACCUUAGGGCCUAAGGGAAUGGAUAAAAUCUUGCAAUCUACUGGUAGAGGUCACUCGGUUACUGUAACCAAUGAUGGUGCGACUAUUCUUAAGUCACUACACAUUGACAACCCCGCUGCUAAAGUUCUUGUUGACAUUUCGAAAGUGCAAGAUGAUGAGGUUGGUGAUGGGACUACUUCUGUUGUUGUUUUGGCUGGGGAGCUUCUUAGGGAAGCUGAAAAGCUUGUUACUUCUAAGAUCCACCCUAUGACGAUUAUAGCAGGUUACAGAAUGGCUGCGGAAUGUGCUCGUGAUGCUUUACUGAAAAGAGUUAUUGAUAACAAGGAGAAUGCAGAGAAGUUUAGGUCAGACUUGUUGAAAAUUGCAAUGACUACGCUAUGCUCCAAAAUUCUCUCGCAAGACAAGGAACACUUUGCAGAAAUGGCUGUGGAUGCUGUUUUCAGGCUAAAGGGAAGCACAAACUUGGAAGCUAUUCAAAUCAUCAAGAAACCUGGAGGGUCCUUGAGGGAUUCCUUUUUAGAUGAAGGAUUUAUUCUUGACAAGAAGAUCGGAAUCGGGCAGCCAAAGCGCAUAGAAAAUGCAAAGAUCUUGGUAGCAAAUACUGCAAUGGAUACUGAUAAAGUGAAAAUAUACGGUGCACGUGUCCGUGUUGAUUCCAUGACCAAGGUUGCUGAGAUUGAAGGGGCUGAGAAGGAAAAGAUGAAAGACAAGGUGAACAAGAUCCUAGCCCACGGUAUCAACUGUUUUGUUAACAGGCAGUUGAUCUACAAUUUCCCCGAGGAGCUCUUUGCAGACGCUGGUGUACUUGCUAUUGAGCAUGCUGAUUUUGAAGGAAUAGAGCGUCUUGGUUUGGUUACAGGCGGUGAAAUCGCUUCCACCUUUGACAACCCAGAGUCUGUUAAGCUUGGGCAUUGCAAGCUCAUCGAAGAGAUUAUGAUUGGUGAAGACAAGUUGAUCCAUUUCUCUGGUGUUGAGAUGGGCCAGGCGUGUUCAAUUGUCCUAAGGGGUGCUAGUCACCAUGUUCUAGACGAGGCUGAAAGAUCACUCCACGAUGCCUUGUGUGUACUCUCCCAGACAGUGAAUGACAGCAGAGUGUUGCUCGGUGGUGGAUGGCCAGAGAUGGUGAUGGCAAAGGAAGUAGAUGAGCUUGCAAGGAAAACUGCUGGCAAAAAAUCGCAUGCUAUUGAAGCUUUCUCACGGGCUCUAGUUGCUAUCCCCACAACAAUCGCUGACAAUGCUGGGUUAGACAGUGCAGAAUUGGUGGCUCAGCUUCGUGCAGAGCACCACAACGAAGGGUGUAAUGCCGGUAUCGAUGUCAUCUCCGGAGCUGUAGGAGAUAUGAAGGAGAGAGGAAUCUAUGAAGCAUUCAAAGUGAAACAAGCCGUACUGCUUUCAGCGACAGAAGCAGCUGAGAUGAUACUGCGAGUGGAUGAGAUCAUUACAUGUGCUCCUAGGAGGAGAGAAGACAGGAUGUGAGAUCCAACACAUGGACAUGGUGGGAGAGAGAUUCAUGUUACACGAUCACACCCUCCCCAGUGACAUUGUUCAGUUCAGUUCAUUAGUUUGUGUUUUGUAUUUGGUUCAGAAAACAGCCUUUAAAUGUUUUAGUGUUUUGCUCCCUAGACUUUUCUUUCUUUUUGGGUCUUCUUGAAUAUUGUUUUGAAUUUUUGACUAUGACUAUAAGCUUCAAGGAGUUUGAACUUCUCGACCACCAUGGCCACCUGCUUCCGAGAUAAUCUGAAUAUCUAUCUGUUAAAUGCAGAUUAUUAUUCAAAUUUGUAGAUGAUUACAUGUUCUCGUAGGAGUGGGUACAGUAUGUGAAACUGUGUUAGAUGAGAUCAGUCAAAUUAUCAGAUUCCAUACUCUUUAAG